CCCAUUUGCAAAUCGGCAGUUGCAGGAGCUGCUCAGCAGAGCCGCUUCUUUUGUGCGCGUGUUGCUGCGCGCUGCGCUCUUGCAGGCGGCGGUGCGUCCGGAGGGCUUGCGGAGGUAGGAAAGUUGCUUCCCUUAAAAUCAUGCUUAGUCUUCCUUCUCUUUCCUCUUUUUUCCAGUGGGGGAGGAGGAGAGACAAAAGGCGAGGUAGUGCAGCGAGGGGGGACAAUAGGAAACUCCCCUUCCCUUCCUGGGUGGCUGGAAAAGCUGGAUCGCAAAUAUUUAGAUCUCUGUCUGGAACAGGGGAGGAGGUGGGAGAAGAGAAACCUUCAUAAUCCAGGAUUAUGGCAAAGGGGGCCUUUUUAAGGUUGCCAAUGGACUGGGCAGUGUGCGAAAGCCUGAUUUGGCUCUUGGACGGCGGCUGGAUGUGCAGAAAUGUGCAAGAAAAAAGCAGGUGUGGAGCUUUUUUGCCACACAGGGACAAAGACGCCUGCAGAUCGGCAUGCUCUCCAAAGGCACAGCUGCAGGCUGUGCUGGAAAAGUUAGCAACCCCUCCUACCUACCCUCUUCCUCCUCCUCUUAAAUGCAGGUCGAUCUGAGAAAUGCCCCAAGGAACGGCCAGAGUUCAGUGCCAGAGUAGCUGUCCUGCAUGCAAAAGGUCCAAAAUCCCCGGCAUCUCCACUGGCAAUGAAAUCCCAGAGAGCGGCUGCCAGUCAGUGUAGACAAUAUUGAGCUCAGUGAAUAAUAAUAAUAAUUUAUUAUUUGUACCCUGCCCAUCUGGCUGGGUUUCCCCAUCCACUCUGGGCGGCUUCCACAGAGAGCAAAAAUACACAAAAAUGUCACACAUGAAAAACUUCCCUGAAGAGGGCUGCUGCCUUAAGAUGUCUUCUGAAUGUCAGGUAGUUGUUUAUCGCUUUGACAUCUGAUGGGAGAGUGUUCCACAGGGCGGGCGCCACUACCGAGAAGGCCCUCUGCCUGGUUCCCUGUAGCUUUGCUUCUCGCAAUGAGGGAACCGCCAGAAGGCCCUCAGCGCUGGACCUCAGUGUCCGGGCAGAACGAUGGAGGUGGAGAUGCUCCUUCAGGUCUACUGGGCCGAGGCCGUUUAGGGCUUUAAAGGUCAGCACCAACAUUUUGAAUUGUGCUCGGAAACGUACUGGGAGCCAAUGUAGUUCUUUCAAGUCUAGCUGCUGCAUUCUGGAUUAGUUGCAGUUUCUGGGUCACCUUCAAAAGUAGCCCCACGUAGAGCGCAUUGCAGUAGUCCAAGCAGGAGAUAACCAGAGCAGGCACCACUCUGGCAAGACAGUCCGCGGUCAAGCUUCGGUACAUGACAGCUUCCUGUUUCUCUGUACAAGGCAAGCAGAAGCUCCUAGGUUCGAGCCUCAAUGGCCUCUCCAGUUACCGCGUGGUCCUCAGACAAAGGGCAAGAUGUGGAUUUAAUUAAUUAAAUAAUAGCAAUAAUACUGCUCUGCCUGAAACCCCCGGAGAGCUUCUGCCAAUCAGCGCAGUUCUCAGUCGGAUGGGCCAAUGGUCCAGAACUCUGUUACAAGGCGGCACAGCACUGACACGGGAACAAAACCGGAAGCUGCCUUAUUCCACGUCGGAAAAUCAACACUGACUGGCAGAGGCUCUCCAGGGUUUGGGGCAGCAGCUUUUCCCGUUCUUGCCCGGGGCACCGGAAAUCGCACCCGGGAUAAGGUAGACGCUCCGGCCCUGAGCUACGGUGCUUCCAGGAACCAGGCAGAGGGCCUUCUCGGUGGUGGCGCCUGCCCUGUGGAAUGCCCUCCCAUCAGAUGUCAAGGAAAUAAGGAACUCUCUGACUUUUAGAAGACAUCUGAAGGCAGCCUUGUUUAGGGAAGUUUUUAACGUUUGAUGUUUUAUCGUGUUUUAAAUAUUUUUAGGGGAGCUGCCCAGAGUGGCUGGGGAAGCCCAGUUAGAUGGGCAGGGUAUAAAUAAAGAAAUAAUAAUAAUAAUAAUAAUAAUAAUAAUAAUAAUAAUAAUUUCCCCCCACAAACUUGAAUCAGCCCUGGUUUUAAAGGGCCCCUUGGGAGAAGCUUGCAGAUUAGUGUGUAUGAGGUAUAAGGGGCAGCCUUGUGGAAAGUUUUUGGGGAGCGAGUUCCUGUGGCCCUUUCAUAACUUAUCCUUUGCUCCGGAGGUCAUUGCAAUGUCAAGUGUUGCAUAUUCAAAAGAGCAUCUUUUGUGUCUGGGUGAAUUAAUGUGGGCUAACGGUCAUUCCGUCAGGACGCAGGUGGCACUGUGGGUUAAACCACAGAGCCUAGGACUUGCCGAUCAGAAGGUUGGCGGUUUGAAUCCCCACGACGGGGUGAGCUCCCGUUGCUCGGUCCCUGCUCCUGCCAACCGAGCAGUUCGAAAGCACAUCAAAGUGCAAGUAGAUAAAUAGGUACCGCUCAGGCGGGAAGGUAAACGGCGUUUCCGUACGCUGCUCUGGUUCGGCAGAAGCGGCUUAGUCAUGCUGGCCACAUGACCCGGAAGCUGUACGCCGGCUCAUCGGCCAAUAAAGCAAGAUGAGCGCUGCAACCCCAGAGUUGGCCAAGACUGGACCUAAUGGUCUGGGGUCCCUUUAAAGGUAAAGGGACCCCUGACCAUUAGGUCCAGUCGUGACUUUGCAACUAGAAAAGUAGGGGAUUUAAAAUAAAUAUAUAAAUGAAGUGGAGGUAUAUGAAAAUAAACAUUGUUUUCCAUCUUUCCCAUUGUUUUGUUUCAUUUCGAAAAAUAAAAUUUUACUUUGCGGUUUACAGUGGUCCCUCUGGUUAAGAACUUAAUUCGUUCUGGAGGUCCAUUCUUAACCUGGAACUGUUCUUAACCUGAAGCACCUCUUUAGCUAAUGGGGCCUCCUGCUGCUGCCUCCACGCGAUUUCUGUUCUCAUCCUGAAGCAAAGUUCUUAACCCGAGGUACUAUUUCUGGGUUAGCGGAGUCUGUAACCUGAAGCAUUUGUAACCCGGGGUACCACUGUAUUAUUGUUUAUUCUAUUGUUUCUAUUUUGAAUUAGAUCUCUUUGGGGGCACCAAAAUCAUUUAAGUGCUCAGGGGCCUCUAAAGGUCUUAAUCUGACCCUGCAGGAGAGCCACUGCCAAUAGUGUGGGAAAUACUGAGUUAGAGGCCUCGGUCCAGUAUACCUGAAGGAGCGUCUCCACCCCCAUUGUUCUGCCCGGACACUAAGGUCCAGCGCCGAGCUCCUUCUGGCGGUUCCCUCACUGCGAGAAGCCAAGUUACAGGGAACCAGGCAGAGGGCCUUCUCGGUAGUGGCACCCGUCCUGUGGAACGCCCUCCCACCAGAUGUCAAAGAGAAAAAUAGCUACCAAACUUUUAGAAGACAUCUAAAGGCAGCCAUGUUUAGGGAAGCUUUUAAUGUUUAAUAGGUUAUUGUAUUUUAGUGUUUGGUUGGAAGCCGCCCAGAGUGGCUGGGGAAGCCCAGCCAUAUGGGCGGGGUAUAAAUAAUAAAUUAUUAUUAUUAUUAUUAUUAUUAUUAUUAUUAUUAUUAUUGAAGGACCCAUGGUCAAACUCACCUGUGGCACAGAGAUUGAGUACUGUUUAGGUCACUUCUCACUCUCGUUUCCCUUUUUUAGCCUGAGAAACGUAUUUUUCAAAGACAAUUCCUGCCGCCGGAGAACAAAUGAGUGACAGCAAAGAGGAGGCCACCGAGACGAAAACCCCCGACCUCAUGGAAGCGUGUGGGCCCUUGCUGGAGGCGCCCGACGGCCUUUCCGGCUUUCACGACAUGGAAGGCAUCUGCGAGAUCAGCCAUCUCCCGGAAGGCCCGCCGGGCCUCCUCCCCGUCUUGGACGAAGGCGGCUCAGUCGAAGGGACGUCCUACAUCUGCACCGAAUGCGGGAAGAGCUUCUGCAGCAUCUCGAGCCUCAUCAGCCACCAGAAGAGGAACCACUCGGGGGAGAAGCCCUACAAGUGCUCCGACUGCGGGCGCAGCUUCCACCAGAGCUCGGACCUGGUGAAGCACGAGCGGAUCCACACGGGCGAGAAGCCGUACCAGUGCUCGGUGUGCGAGAAGCGCUUCAACCAGCGCUCCUACCUGAUCGUCCACGAGCGCUUCCACACGAAGGAGAAGCCCUACAAGUGCUUCCUGUGCGGCAAGAGCUUCUGCUCCAACGCCCACCUCAUGACGCACCAGAGGACCCACACGGGCGAGAGGCCUUACCAGUGCCCCGACUGCGGGAAGCGCUUCAGCACCAGCUCGAACUUCGUCAACCACAAGAAGACCCACACGGAGGAGAAGCCGUUCAGCUGCUCCCUCUGCGAGAAGAGCUUCAAGCGCAGCUCGAACCUCAUCCAGCACGAGCGGACGCACACGGGCGAGAGGCCCUACACCUGCUUGACGUGCGGGGAGAGCUUUGCGUCCAACUCGGGCCUGGUGAAGCACCAGAGGAGCCACACGGGCGAGAGGCCCUACAAAUGCUCCUACUGUGGCAAGAGCUUCAGCCAGAGCAUGAUCCUCACGCAGCACGAGAGGACCCACACGGGCGAGAAGCCCUGCAAGUGCCUCGUCUGCGGAAAGAGCUUCCGCUCCAGCUCCGACCUCGUCAAGCACAAGAGGACCCACACGGGCGAGAAGCCCUACAAGUGCUCGCUGUGCGGGAAAAGCUUCACCACCAGCUCGGACGUGGUGAAGCACGAGCGGACCCACACGGGCGAGAAGCCCUACAAGUGCGGCACCUGCGGGAAGAGCUUCAGCCAGAGCGCACACCUCAUGCAGCACCAGAGGAUCCACACGGGGGAGAAGCCGUACAUGUGCCUCGUCUGCGGGAGGUGCUUCACCUGCAGCGCGCACCUCGUGGUCCAUAAAAGAACCCAUAAAGACCGGGAGGCUUUGCAAGCCUAA